AUGCCUGGCCGUCAAGGACCGGCAGGACCACCAGGCGCUCCUGGCAACCCUGGAGCUUCCGGUGCCACCGUUCCAUUUUACUGCGCCUGUCCACCACGUACAGCUGCCUACAGUACUGCUGCGUCUUCUGGCACUUCAUCUCGAGGAAGUAGUGUUACUGUUACGAAGACUACUGAAACCACCUACAAGAGUGGCGGCAAUCAAUACGGGACAGGCGUUUACGGUAGUGGAGCCUACAGCAGCGGAGUGUACGGAGGGGGCAGCUCUUAUAGUUCCAGUGGCUCAUUAGGCCAUAGUUCCGGUUACACAGGAGGAAAUGCACUCAAAGCAGGUGGAGGGGCUGCUUACACUAACUUGGAAACAUAUGAACGUCCAGCAGGUCGUGGUAAAGGUAUUGUUACAACAAAGACAGAAACCAAAACUACAACGAUAGAGCACCAUUAA